AUGUGUAUUGAAGCCAACCAAAAGAGUAUUCCUAUUUGGCCCGCAUCAGCACUGGCUGCCUCGUUGCCUCCUCCGGACCUCAAGCCCCGCCUUCCCCGCUUGCAAGACCCUAUGCCUCCCUUCUCGGUGUCAGCAUUCGCCCCUCAGUCCCAAGGCCCUCCCAAGGAAACACAAACCAAACCCCUCGCACAGCAACAACGACAACAGCAACAACGACAACAGGGAAGCGAGCAGCAGGAAACCGACUUCCUAACCCUUCUCACCCUCCUCGAAAAGGCUCUUCGGCACACUCACUACGCCGUCUGCGGCCGCGCCGCUCUUUACGUGUGGGGGUACCGCCAUCCGUCCUCCGACGCCCCUCCAGAACAGGUUAGCAUCCUCUGCCCCGAAGGUGACGCACCUAUCAUUCUCUCCUGGGCAAAAGCGCAGGGAUGGACGUCGAAUGUCGUUUCCAGUGUCAAGGGGUGUUGUUCUUUUGAGGUUCCUAUUCCCGAGCGGGACGGGAAGUAUGGUGGGAAGGUGAGAACAGUGGUGGUCAAGACUACGGAGCGGAUGGGUGGAUUGGGUGGAACGAUGGGAGCGGGAAUGCCAAUGACCGUCGUCAAAGGCACGUGGGCCGAAGCAGAAAAAAAGGUGCUCAAGACGCAAGCGGCUGUGGUUAGCCUCCCUGCGCUGUUGGAGAUGUUGAUGGAGGGGUUCGUAACUGCUGUCACGCACACUCACACUCAUACUCACCAGCAGCAGGGGCAGCAGCAGCAGCAGCAGCACACCCACCAAGUGGAGGAAUCAGCAACCGCCAUCCUCUGGGUUUUGUCCCGGCUCGUGGAACGAGGCGAGAGACUCUUCCAGGAUCAAGUCCCAGAAGAGUUUCUGACGCCCUUCCUGACCGGAUGGCCCGAAUCUCAUGCCCUCUUGCAGAAGUUGGGCGUGUCACCGACGUUUGAAGCUCUCGAUCGAGAUGGAGAUAGAGAUGAUGAACUUCACCAGAGGCCAGGCCUGCCACUGGACACCGUCACUCUAGCUGCUUUGGAAGAAGGUCUUCAAGCCCCGGCGCCGCCGGUCCUGCUACCGGUAAGGAAGGCAAGUCCCGCUUUUUCGUGUGCCUCAGCCAGUUCAGAGGAUACCAUUGCCCUGAUCGAAGAUGAAAUCGUCAGUUGGCAGUUCUUGUCUUUGGAGCAGCAAUCCGUCGAGACAGGUUCUUCUUUGGGUUCUGGGGUUGAUAGUAGUGCGGCUGAGUUAAGUGGGAUAUGGACCCCAGCUGGUUCUUGUCCGACUGUAGCUUCUUCGGUUUCUUCUAUUCCUACUCUUUCUUUUUCUGCUUAUUCCGCUUGUUCAUCAAACGAGAGCGGAACUCGGUCUUCGAGGAGACGGAGUAUCAAGCGUGUAUGUGUUCCUCCGCCUUGGAAGAGUGGUUGGAAUGAAAGCUUUGUAGGACAGAGGGAGUAUCCUGAGUGGAUUUGA